AUGCCGCUUCUUCCUGGCGAGUGGUCCACAACACCGAAAGUCUCCCGGGGUACAAAAUCCAAGUUCGCCUUCUCCCACUUCCUGAACCCCAUCCUCUUUUCAAAUGCUACCACAACGACUAGUACUAUUACUCACGGCCCCGGACCAGUCUACAUCAUUGCCGCCGCCAACGUGAAUAUGGGAACCAUUUACGUCGAGCAGGAAGCGGCCACUGCCCCCUCGAUCAUCGCCACGAAGCUCUCCCUCGACGCAGAACCUUUGAUCGCUCGACGUCGUUAA